AUGCCUCGGAUUGUAUAUCCGUGUGCCGCUUGCAAGAUUCAACGAAGAAAAUGCGGAGAAAACUGCGUGCUUGCUCCUUAUUUUCCACCAAAUGAUCCUCACAAAUUCUUAGUAGUACACAAAUUCCUUGGAACCAGCAACAUUGUCAAAACCCUUCAGGAUAUUCCAGCUGAGAAGAGGGCAGAUGCAGUAGAAAGCCUGGUAUACGAAGCAAAUUCAAGAGUUAAUGAUCCAAUCUACGGUUGCGUAGGUGCCAUUUGUCGACUACAGAAGCAAGUUUUACAUCUCCAAUCACAACUGACAGCAGUUCAAGCUGAGCUUCUCAACACACAGGCUAAUCUUGCGUCUCUCGUCACCGACUUUUGUAAAUCCAGCGAAACAGGAACUGCAAUGGAUAAUGAGUUAAUAGUAGAUCAAAAUAGUAAGGAAGGCCUAAUAGUAGUGCAAGGUGAUGAAAAUCCUUUUGGAUUUUGGGAUCCGCGGUGA